UUUUUCACCUUUCAAAUCUCUAAACUUCUCUCCUCUCUUCCUAACCCUAGAUCCUCAAACCCUAACCCUUUCUCCAUUUCUCGUUUCUCAUUUUCCCCUUUGAAAAUGCGUGAGAUUCUUCACAUUCAAGCUGGCCAAUGUGGCAACCAAAUCGGAUCCAAGUUUUGGGAAGUUGUAUGUGCGGAGCAUGGGAUUGAUUCCACAGGAAGAUACCAUGGAGACACAGAUCUACAACUUGAAAGGGUAAAUGUGUAUUACAAUGAAGCUAGUGGUGGACGGUUUGUUCCUAGGGCUGUACUUAUGGAUCUGGAACCAGGGACUAUGGAUAGUAUUAGAUCUGGAACUUUUGGUCAGAUCUUCAGGCCUGAUAACUUUGUUUUUGGUCAAUCUGGUGCUGGAAAUAACUGGGCUAAAGGUCAUUAUACGGAGGGUGCUGAGUUGAUUGAUUCCGUGCUUGAUGUUGUCAGGAAAGAAGCUGAGAACUGUGAUUGCCUACAAGGUUUUCAGGUGUGCCACUCCCUGGGAGGAGGGACUGGAUCUGGAAUGGGGACACUUUUGAUUUCAAAGAUAAGAGAGGAGUACCCAGAUAGAAUGAUGCUCACUUUCUCUGUUUUCCCAUCCCCAAAGGUUUCAGACACUGUUGUUGAGCCUUACAAUGCAACACUAUCUGUUCAUCAACUUGUGGAGAAUGCAGAUGAGUGCAUGGUUCUUGACAAUGAGGCAUUGUAUGACAUUUGCUUCCGUACCCUCAAGCUGACAACUCCUAGCUUUGGUGACCUGAAUCACCUAAUAUCUGCAACCAUGUCCGGAGUAACUUGUUGCCUCAGAUUUCCUGGCCAGCUUAACUCUGAUCUCAGAAAGCUUGCUGUCAACCUCAUUCCUUUCCCCCGUCUUCACUUUUUCAUGGUUGGGUUUGCACCACUUACCUCACGUGGUUCACAACAAUACCGGUCCUUGACUGUCCCUGAGUUAACUCAGCAAAUGUGGGAUGCGAAGAACAUGAUGUGUGCUGCCGACCCUCGACAUGGCCGCUAUUUGACAGCAUCAGCCAUGUUCCGUGGAAAGAUGAGCACCAAGGAAGUUGAUGAGCAGAUGCUAAAUAUUCAGAACAAAAACUCCUCAUACUUCAUUGAGUGGAUCCCCAACAAUGUUAAGUCAACAGUCUGUGAUAUACCACCAACUGGUCUCAAGAUGGCAUCAACUUUCAUUGGAAACUCAACCUCAAUUCAAGAAAUGUUCCGUCGUGUUAGUGAACAGUUCACAGCCAUGUUUAGGAGGAAGGCUUUCUUGCAUUGGUACACUGGGGAAGGCAUGGACGAGAUGGAGUUCACCGAGGCUGAGAGCAACAUGAAUGAUUUGGUCUCUGAAUACCAGCAGUAUCAAGAUGCUGUAGCUGAUGAGGACGAGUAUGAGGAAGAGGAGGAAGACGCAUAUCAGGAUUGAUUUGAUGAUGCUCUGAAAUUUUACUAUAUUGAUAUUUGUUGUAGUACUUUCUUUCCGGUUGUAACCUCGACUACCAUCUAUCCUACCUACCCAAGAACAUGAACUUUUACUAGUACUAGUUGUUUUGAACUGCAAACGAAGUUUCCCUUUGAAUAUUAUUAGUGCUUGAUUUAA